GUUAUUAAACCACCAUUAACUGUUUGGCCAGAGUUAACAGCCCAGCAACAGGAAACUCCGAGUUGGACAGUCUCCUCCAAUUCUCGCCACCAUGCAGGAUGGUCGAGAGUGUCAACAACAACCAUUCCAUCGAGGAGAAGGCGGAUCAUUUCAGAACUUUUUCCGUGGCCACUGAUAUUGGAGGCAAACCCGACACAUCGACGUCGACUCCGGCAUCGGCGACAUCGAACCUCAAGAUGUUGCCUCUUUUCCCGGAUGGGUUUGUCGAUGGGGAGCAUUACGAUGAAGUUAGCGUAGGACUUCAAGAGACAAUGUUCGAAGGCAGCAUCGAGCAUAAGAACAAUUCGAACCACGCGCAGCAGGACUUUUUCUGUCAGUUCAACACCCCACCGGCACUUCUUGGUGGGGAGGACAAUGACGACCAUGGAGAGCAGCGGCUGAGCUCGACCCACUCUUCACCGACACUCUCCCACCACGAGUGCAUCCAAAUCGACUCUAAGACGUACAGCGCCCCCAAUUCGCCUCAUGGGAAACCACCGUUAUCGCGACACCCGAAGAAAAAGCUCGUUCGGAGACAGUCUUCCCCACCGACCAGUUCCGCAAACGCCGAGGAGACGGAGGACGACGCCGAGGACAUCCAAAAUGUAUCGCCAGAUUCACCGAGCACCAGGACUAAAUUCAGGAGGAGCUUUUUCAAGCGUUUUUCGGCUGGAAACAAAGAGGAAUUACAAGGGAAAUCAAGAGCGUUGUCGGUGAGAGAGAGAAAAGUCCAAAAGAAGGCACAACCCGAGAGCAAGAAGCGAUUUGGAUCAUAA